UUUCUCUUUCUCUUUGUGAACCAACCGACCAACAAAAAAACACAGGACAAAAAUAUUUGAUGUAUUCCCAGCAUCUUCCCUCACAUCUCUCCAUCUCCCCCUUGCAAAAUAUUCCUCGGUCUGGUGGUACAAUCCAUAUGAUAAAAGCUGGUGGCGGUGGUGGUGGGGGGAACGAAGAUGAUUGAGAAGGGGAGUGAAGUUAGUGAUAAGGGUUGGAAAGGGGUGGAGGAGGGAGUGGGUUCUGAUAAGGGCAAGCAUGUGGUGCUGACAAAUUCACAUCCUCAGCAUGUCGGGGAAGAGGGCGCCACCUCUCCUGCGGAGUAUCAUCCCUAUCCUAAGCCCCUGGCGGAUUACGAAGAUGUAAUUGCUGAUCCCAAGUUGUUUAGGGAAACGCUCGAGAAGUUGCACUCCACAAUGGGGACUAAGUUCAUGGUACCAAUUAUAGGAGGCAAGGAUCUCGACCUGCACCGACUUUUUGUUGAGGUGACAUCUCGAGGUGGAAUCGAAAAGGUAAUUGCAGAUCGUAGAUGGAGAGAAGUGACUGCUGCUUUUGCUUUCCCCUCUACGGCCACAAAUGCAUCAUUUGUGCUUCGCAAAUACUACAUGUCCUUGUUGCGUCAUUAUGAGCAGAUAUAUUUCUUUCGGUCUCAAGGAUGGAACUCUCCAGCUGCACCUGCAAAGAUAGCCUCAGCCACUUCGGGUUCGUCAGAGAGAUUGGUCGAGCAUGUCUUACCAUUUUCUGAAACUCAGGCUUCUUCCCGAAAACGGAUGAGAAACAAUGGUCUGGCCUCAUCCCAAUAUCCUCAAGUUGUUGGAGUAAUUGAUGGAAAAUUUGAGCAUGGAUAUUUUGUGACUGUUACUGUUGGAUCAGCAAAACUCAGAGGGGUUCUCUAUCACAUUCCUCAACAGACCUCUGAGCAAUUAACACGGUACAGUGAUUUUGCUGAUAAUAGCAACUUCAGAAGUGUUCGCCAUCGUCGCCGUAGGAAGAAGCUCAGUAAAAGAGACCCUAGUCAUCCAAAACCAAACAGGAGCGGAUAUAAUUUCUUCUUUGCUGAGCAGCACGCUAGGCUUAAGCCACUUUAUCCAGGAAAAGACAGAGAAAUUAGCAAAAUAAUUGGUGAAUCGUGGAACAAACUUACAGAGACUGAGAAAGCCGUGUAUCAGGAUAGAGGUUUGAAGGACAAGGAGAGAUAUAAAAGUGAAAUGGCAGUUUACAUGGAAAAAUUAAAGGCAGGUCAUGUUAUCAGUAAUGCAGUGCCAAUCCAACAGCGUCCAGCUGAACCAGAGAUGGCGGAAGAUACCGAUUCAAAAUUUGAGACUGUUGGGGGUGAUUCAACUAUAAAUGAUGAGAAUGAUUACAGCUCCGAGAGCAGUGGUUCUGAGGGAAAAGUAUCAGACGAGGAUUUUGAAAUGGAGGCAUCUCCGGUAUUCGGUGUUACAACCACUUGUGGGACUACUAGCUUGGCGGAACCAUCAACCGAAAAAGAUGAUUUCGAGCUACGAAGGAGAGUCGAUGCCAAAUCAGAAAGCGAGCAAGAUCCUUAUAUUUUUGCUCGGGAUACUGAAUCUAGGAAAUUUACGGAGUCAUCAACUGAUAAGCAAUAAGCAGGUGUUCAAAACAGAUAUCACAUAAUUGGCACUCAACUCCUUGCGAACUAUAUUCCUAGAUCGAUAAAACUUUGUUAGUUUGUCGUGAUGUAAAUGUAGUCAGUCUAUGAUAUUUUUCUUCCCUUUCAUCUCCUGCGACCAUGGUAGUUUUCUUGAUUAGGUAUCUGGUAAAUUUUUUUUGCCCUUUUUUCUUGAAAUGUAAGCUGCCUGAGAUGCGCGUUAGUCAGGCAAGUAUUCUAAAUGAGAAGAUUGACCAGACUUUGUUUCUUGCA